CCUCGGAGCCAAACCAGGCCCCAAACUGGGCCGAGAGAGCGGAACCGGGCCCUCGGAGCCAAACCAGGCCCCAAACCGGGCUGAGAGAGCGGAACCAGGCCCCGAACCGGGCCCUCAGAGGCGAACUUGGCCCUGAACUGGUCCUGGGGAGCCAAACUAGGCCCUGAACCGGGCCCUAGGAGCCGGACUGGGCUGGGAGGGGCCAGACUCGGCCCAGAACUGGUCCUGGGAAGCCGAACAGGGCCCCGAGCCCUAGGCCAGGGGAACUGAGCUAAGGACCGAACUGGGCCGGGGGCUCUGAAUUGGAUAAUAAGCCAAGCUGGGGGAGCCGAGCCCAGCUGGAACAUGAACUGGGCCAAGGGAGCCGAAUCAGGAGCUGAGCCCACAGGAAAGCCCGGCCGGGAGCGGACCCGGGCCGGGCUGGGCCAGGGAGCCGCACCAGGAGCUGCAGUGGGCUGGCCCAAGCGCUGAGUGGAACCAGGAACCAAACCAAACUGGGCUGGGGCAGCCGAGUUGGGAACCGCACCGGGCCGAGAGCCAAACCAGGGCAGGGGAGCUGAACUGGGACAUGAAAUGCGAGCGGUACCCAGACCUGAACUGGACCAGCCUAAGGGAACUGAACCAGUACAGAGAAGCUCCACCUGGACAAACCUGGAACUGAAUCAGGCUAGGGAAAAUGCUCCCAGCAACCAAACUGAACUGGGCAGGGAGAGCUGCACCCAGGAAUCGAACCAGCCAGGGCAGGGGAGCCAAACUGGGACCUGAACCGGGUUGGGGGAAGAGAACCUAGAACCAAACUGGGCUGGAUGGAGGUGUCCAGGAACCGAAUCGGGAACCAAAAAACGCCAAAGAAACUGUACCCAAGAGCCAGACCCACCUGUGUCAUGUGGAGGAGCCAUGCCUGGGAACCAAACCCAGAAUCGAACCGGGCCAGGGAAGCUGCACCUUGGGACCAGCCAGAACUGAACCAGGCCAGGUGGAGGACACAGCCUUGUCUGGGAGACGGAGCAGGCGCUGCUGCUUCAAACACAGGCAAGUGGUGUCUGUGGAAGUCCUGACACCUUCAUGAGAGCAAUCCGCCCUCUUCUAAGCAGUGCCCAGAAGUUAUUUCCAAGAGGAGUGGACAGAGCCUUAAUUUUAAGCAUUCUCCUGCAGUCUUGCGAACCUGAGGUGCACAGUGGUGUAGCUCAGACUCGUGAAAAUCUUGAAAUUGGCUUAGCGCUCAUGAGAUAUUUGCAGUACAGAUUGACACUUUGAAUUUGCCGCUUGGCUCUUUUGUAGGAUGUGUAGUGGGGUGCAUUUUGGACCUUUUUCAUGAAGCAAGGAAUGCUGAAAGUGCUGUUCUGGGGAAGGAGAAAAGGGAGAAAAGAAGGGCUAGGACUGUUGCAUCGUUGUACAGCUCUGCAGGAGAUGAAGAGAAGCCACCAAAUACUGCGGGACACUCACACAUGCAUACCGCUGUUGGCUGUGCUCAUUGCCAGGGAUUAGCACCCGUCCAAGGCUGGCAGAGUGCAGUUUCUGCAUGAAGUGGGUUAACACUUAGCUGAAAUUGAUGGUGGUUUUAGAUAACACGGCAGCUGCGAAAUGUGGUGUCCCAGAAGUGGACUUGUGACCCAUUCCACUACCCCAAAUACGGAUCGGCCGCCUCCAACGAAGAGGACAGGCAGAUGGUGGAAGGGAUGUGGACAGGGCGGUGAUUAUUACAGCACCAUCCACUAAAUCUUUCUGGGCCCUGAGGGCAGAGGCCUUGCUCCCGGAGGACUCAGGGGCUGAAGACUCAGGACUGAUUUAAUGUUGGAUGGACGUUAAGCUGUUCUGAGGAGCUGCCGGGGCAUUUUUGGACUAAAACAGGCAAACGACAAGAAGAGAUGAGACGGCUCCAUGGCACAAAGAACUGUUGGGCAGAGGCCGCGCAGCAGAGGGGCUGCUCUGUUACCACUCUCCCCCUCCCCAUGCUGAUACUUUCCAGGAAAAAUCUGGCUCCCUUCACUUUGGUAGAGGUUUAUUUUUGGAAGGUUUAAUAAUGUCCAUGGUGUGUCUGUCACUCACUCAAAAUACAGAGCCUUUAUUUGUAUUUAUAGGCAAGAUUAAAUAUAAAACUGGCUGUGCUCCAGCUGGCUCCUGCACCAAACUUCUUUGACACGAGCAUCAUCCACAGCAGUAAAGCCACUGGCCAGGUGGCAGUUUUACAGCUCCUGUAAAUGAAAGACAGACCUGGCUCGUCAUUUUUAAGGGUGACCUCCCCCUACACAAAUGGUUAUUGAUGCUCAGAGUAAAUGUGGAUGCGGCAUCUCUGUGAGAGCUACAGGCCUCUGAACCAAGACGGUGUUCCAGCAAGACUGCCUUUGCUUUGAAAUGCCCCUUGCAAAGUGGUACAAGGCCCUAUCAGCUCGAGGCCUGGUGUGGAGACCUGAUUCUCUUAACCAGAGUGGAAGACGCAGGUACCAGAUCCACACGGGCCUGCAGCACUCCAUCAUCCGCCCUCGGCAGCCCAACUGCCUGCCCCUCGACCGGGCCCCCCUGCCACAGAAGCUGCAGGAAGCCGGCUAUUCCACACACAUGGUGGGCAAAUGGCACCUCGGCUUCUACAAGAAGGAUUGCCUGCCCACCCGCCGGGGCUUUGACACCUUCCUGGGCUCCCUGACGGGCAACGUGGACUACUACACCUAUGACAACUGCGAUGGGCCUGGCGUCUGUGGCUACGACCUGCACGAAGGGGAGAAAGUGGCCUGGGACCAGAGCGGGAAGUACUCCACCUUCCUCUACGCCCAACGCGUCAGCAAGAUCCUGGCAUCCCACAGCCCCAAGAAGCCGAUCUUUAUUUACGUGGCCUUCCAAGCAGUGCACACGCCUCUGCAGUCGCCCAAAGAGUACAUCUACCGCUACCGCUCCAUGGGCAACGUCGCUCGCCGCAAGUACGCCGCCAUGGUGACGUGCAUGGAUGAGGCAGUGAAGAAUAUCACCUGGGCCCUCAAGAAGUACGGCUAUUAUGACAACAGUGUGAUUGUAUUCUCCACAGACAAUGGUGGGCAGACCUUCUCGGGGGGAAGCAACUGGCCACUACGAGGCCGCAAAGGGACGUACUGGGAAGGGGGAGUCCGUGGCAUCGGCUUUGUCCACAGUCCCCUGAUCAAACGCAAGCGUCGGACCAGCUGGGCCCUGGUUCACAUCACGGACUGGUACCCAACUCUGGUGAGCCUGGCAAGGGGCAACCUGAGCAGUGUCCCAGGCCUGGAUGGCUACAACGUGUGGCCAGCCAUCAGUGAGGGCAAGGAGUCUCCACGAACCGAAAUCCUGCACAACAUUGAUCCACUGUACAACCAUGCCAAGUACGGCUCCUUGGAAGACGGCUUCGGCAUCUGGAACACAGCCGUGCAGGCCUCCAUCCGGGUUGGGGAGUGGAAACUCCUCACUGGGGACCCAGGCUAUAGUGACUGGAUCCCUCCUCAGACCCUGACCAACUUCCCAGGGAGCUGGUGGAACCUGGAGCGGCUCACCGACGGUCUGAGGAAGUCCAUGUGGCUCUUCAACAUCACUGCUGACCCCUAUGAGCGUUACGACCUCUCAGACCAGCGCCCAGAUGUUGUCAGGGCUCUCUUGAUGAGGCUGGUAUACUACAACCAGACAGCCAUCCCGGUGCGGUACCCCGCCGAGAACCCCCGGGCUCACCCCGACUUCAACGGUGGUGCCUGGGGCCCUUGGGCCAGCGAGGAUGACGUGGAUGAGUGGGAAGGAGGCGGGGAGCCCCUGAAGAAUAGGAACAAGAAGAAAAAGUGCAAGAUCUGCAAGCUGCGCUCUUUCUUCCGCAAGCUGAACACCAGGCUCAUGUCAAACCGCAUUUGACAGGAGACUCCCCCAGCAUCACAAUGCAGCCUGGCCAGGGUGGAGCUCCAGAUGAGCAGCGCCACGGGGCAGAUAGCGGGAGGGAGAAUAACGGACGGAGAGGCAGCCAGCACCCUCUUGCUUUGCCUUGCACCAGGGCACACUCACCCUGAAAUGCCUCUCCUCUCUGUCUGGGCCAGCAGCCGCAUGGAGGGCCAGAUGGGUCGACGGGCAAGGAGGAGUAGUGCAGGCUCAACCACAGUGCUGAGCAGUGAUAUAUGAGUCCACUGAGCUGGGUUGGCCCAUGCACAGCUCUUUCCAAAGCAAGAGAUCCUUUUUCUUCAGGACUGUGCAGGCAAUUGCAAGCUUUAAAUGUUGGCCUUUGCAAAAGGACAUGAAACAGCAUGAAGGGGCCCUGAGCUGGCGUCUCGGAGGGCCUGGCCAGCCUUGGCUAUUCUGACUGUAGGUUUUCCCUCAUUUUUUAUCUUUAUAAAUGUGUUCCUGAUUUUCUAAGUGCUGCCAAGUGGCUGCCGUGUUUGGAACUUGCAGGGCCUCCCCCAACCCCAUUAUACUUCUUUGAACAAGGACAGAUAUUCCUGCCUCAUGGAUGACAAACCUGAGACUGCAGAGACUGGUCUCAGGCUUCCCGCUACAGGGGUCUCACGUGGCGCCAUGACUUCCUCUCUCUGCUGACUCGAGGGGCCCUGCGGCCAGGUGCAAUGAGGAGCUGCGGAGUAGCUGGAAAUAGGCCCUCGAGGUGCUCAGAGGACACCUGGCUCUGCACAUCCCUGCUUUUGGGAGGCAGGUUUGCCCCGAGUGCCGGUGGGUUUGACACGGCCCAGCUAUAUGGCAGACCCCUUUCAUCCGCACUUAGGCCUGGCCAGAUCGCCGAGGCGCAUGGCCGUAGGCAUGCCUGAAUUCUUUGCUAUGCAUCCGUGCAUCCACACUCCUGCCUAGGCGUCCUGCAGGUGCAACCAGCCAGCCAUCCCUGGUUGCCCCAUCUCUGUGCGAGAGCUGUCUCUGACCCGAUCCCUUGCUAUUGAACCUGGAGCAGGGGGAAGAUCUCAGGGAGGUCCCUGCAGAGGUCGUUUGCACUGCUCUGUAGAUGCAGGACCCUUGAAGCUGUAGGAGGAACGGGGAAGUAGGGUCACCCUGACUCCUGCCUUGCAGAGCUGCCCACUCCUUCACUUGUCUUACUUCAUUCAACCUUCCCUGGGGGGACCAUAUGCGUGGAGGUGCCCACUGCAUCCCUUCGCUGCGGAUCAGUGCGGCUCUCCGAGGAGCGCACGCGUGGGGGGAAAUACCUCCCCAUCUGCCUUCCAUGGGGAGUUAACCGAUGCAAUUGUUUGGGGCCAGGCAUCUAGCAAGCACAGGCAGCGAGUGAAGUGCCGUGCCCCCGCGCUUUCAGCAGGGUGCGAGUGUGUGUAUGUGUGCUCAGAUGAGAGCUGGCUAGGAUGAAAGAGGGUAAAUAGCUUUAAAAGCAUUUUGGAUGCAUGGUGCAUUUCCAUUUACACAAUGUAUUUUACAUUUCUCCCCACAGGUUUCUCUUGGUGCAGCGUGUGUAGGCGAAGGCCCUGCUGUGAAUUUUGAAAAUAGUUAUUUUUGUCUCUGGAAAAUGAGGCCCGUUAGGACUUGUCAGCUCUUGGAUGAGCAGUGUGGGCUUUUUUUUUUUUUCCUCCUCUCUCUCCCUUGCAAAAUAACAUUCAUUUAAAAUCUGUCAUUGAAAGAUGUGACAAUUGGCAGAAUGUACACUGAAUACCUUUCAGCGUGCUUUCAAGCCCUGUGUGUGAGAGAGAGGGAUGGGGAUGGGAAGAGAAUGCAAUGACACGUUUGUAUUUUUUUUUUACUCUUAGCUGGAUUAUUUGGGGGAAUUGGGAUUUUCUACAGAAACAAAGAAAAAAAAAGCCGAUAGCAAGGCAUAAUACAGGAGGCCCUGUUACUGUAGCGAUGGAAAGGAGUUUGCAAAGCCAGAGCAUGGAUGUCUGUCUGUCUGUCCGUCCACCUGUCCCACCUGCUCGUUGCACACCAGUUGCUGCACUGCCCCGUUGGCCCUCUGUCCGGCCCUACAGACAUGUCCCCGAGGACAGAAUUAAGGGCAGAUUUUGCAGGGGCACUAAGUGCCUCCAGAGCUGCUCCAUCAGCCUCGGGGCCGCCCCCAGCCUUGCA